AUGGUGGAGAAGUUACGCAGAGAGCGAAUCAACAGCAGCAUUGAGCAGCUCAAGUCUCUGCUGGGUCCAGACUUCCUCAAACAGCAGUCAGACUCUAAGCUGGAGAAAGCAGACAUCCUGGAGAUGACAGUUUGCUUCCUGACACAGCUGCAGCAGCAGAAUCAACAGCAGAGAAGACUGCUGAACCUCGUCAACAAGUUGCAGUCUUCCUCUGAGAAGAACCUGAUGGAGGCUGACUUCUCUCUCCUGAGCUCCACAGUCCAGACCAGCAUCACCAAAGAGAUCAGGCCAGUCAACAGCGCCCUCUGGAGGCCGUGGUAGACACUUACAGACUGGACUUACUACUAGACAAACUGAGAUGACCAUGUUGGUCAAAGAUUACUGCAACUGAAUUCUAUGAAAUUUAAGGACUUGUUCUUCUGUAUGAACAGAAGGCUGUAGUUUGUAUUUUGUGCAUUUCUUUGUGUAAGAUGAGAUUUCCUAAUGGAAAUGACAACAACAAUAUCUUUCAGGUUAAGAAAGAGAACAUCUUGUCAUGCAUGUUGCAUGAAUCAAAUAUAAUUGCAUCAGCAAUUAUUAUUAUCAUACUUCACCAUACAUCAUGUAUCGGUGGUGUGUAAUGCUAUGGUAACAUUUGUUAUCUUUUGAUUGGUAUUGAUCAUUUUGAUAAAAAACUACUGAAUGUCCUUUUUUAUGGACAUAUUGUCAUAAUUGAUGUUUACGAUAUUUUAAUCUCUCUGAUUAUUCAAAACUGAUCUGUUGUAAGGUCCAAAUGUUUAUUCUUUUUUUUUUUUUAAGUUCUGCUAAAUAUCACAAUUUUGCUGUGAUAUGUCUGUGCUUCACUGUGUGUCAUGUAUUGGUAAAAUAUAAUGCAACAGUGAUAUUUGUUGCCCCUUCAGUACUAUUGAUCAUUUUGAUCAAACAUCUUAAUUGUCCUGUUUAUGGACAUUUUUUCAUGAUUGACUUUUCUCACUUUAUGUGAUUAUUCAAAA